AUGAGUAUAUCCUUAAGAGGAGUUAGGAGCUUAAAUGUCCUGCAAAAUGUUUCAUCUUUCACUAAAGAUGGUGUUUAUAACCUAAGAAGGGAAUUCUCUCUCAAAAGUAUACCCAUUGCCUUUGAGGCAGUUUCUAGUUCCCUUAAUGCCGGUUGUCACCAAGUGCCAUGCCGUAACUUUUACAAACAUAAAGUUGAAGUGGAAAAGAGAAUAAAAUGGGAACGGCCAGUUAAAGUUCCAUGUAUUCUUCCACAAAAAUCGGGGGAGCUAUCCGGUCUUCCUGAAAUUGAUUAUGACAAACCUCCACCACUUUAUGAAAAAUCGAAAGAGUAUCAGACCGCAUCUGAACAUGUGAAACGAAUCGUGAGUUUAAAGUUUCAACCUAGCUCGGUUCGGAAACAGGCGAUGAAAGAUUCUAUGAUCCAGAAAGUGAAAAGGCAUGUACUUGAUACAAAAUCUGUUGAAUGUAAAAUUGCAAAAUGGACAGCUAUCAUACGAAAUAUGCAGGUUCAUUAUGCCAAUUACCCAUAUGAUAAAGUGGGAAGGGCAGACGUUAAAGAAAUUAUUGACCUGCGCAAAAAGAGGAUGAAGCUUUUACGUACUUUGGAUUACAAGAGAUUUGAAUGGCUUCUUGAAACAUUGGAUCUUAUAUUUAAGCCUGCACCUUCGUCACAUGAAAGAGUCGAAAGAAAGAAGUCCAUGAGAUGGUUAGCUGAACAGUACUGUGAAGCUGUUGUGCAGAAAAAACUGGAUGAAUACAAAGAAAAACUGAACUCCCAGAAAAGAGAGUUCUUAGAGCGCAAGCUUUCUACUAUGACAUCAAUUAUUGAGGAAGAGAAAUCUUUUGGUGUUGAACCCAGUUUUACCUCUGAGGAAAUAAAAGAAGUUGAAGCAACUUUGAAGAUGAUAAUUGAAGAGGAAGCAAGGAAAUCUGAUAAGAAUGCUGAAGAAGUUGAAGUUUAUUAGACUAGAACUUCUUGUCUUUAGAGAAUUGUCGAUGUUUUGUACAGAGGUUGUUAUGUUGAAAAAAUGCCUGAAAUAAUAAAUAAUGUCUUUAUUUCAUAUUAA